GGAGCGGAGCGGGGUGGGUGCUGCUGGCAGGGAGCAGCCCCGCGGCCCUGCGCUGCCCGCCCCGGGGGCGAGCGGAUGCUGAGGUCCAGGAGCCGCGCAGGUAACGGGAAGGUCCUGGGCAGUUGAAAGCCGCAGGGAAGGGAGCGCUGCUGCAGCGGGGCCCGGCUCGCUGGUGCUGGGAAGUACCUGGCGUGUUCUGGGAGCGGGUUUAGCUGCAGAGGAUGGGAACUGUGUUGCCUGCACAGGGAAGGUUUUCCCCCUUUGCCCUUUGUGAGAGCUGCGUGGUGAAGGGCUGGGAUCAUCUUGGGGAUGCCCUGUUCCUCUGUAGGGUUUAUUUGUUGAACGUGGGUUGGUGUCCUCCGGGUGGCCUGAAAACCCUUUCUCCUAACCUGUCCACCUAUCGAUGUCCUUUCAGAAUGUAACUUGCUCUUUGUGCCCCUACUGGACCUGCUCCAUCCAUGGUGGGACUGAGGGCUGCAGGGAGGAGUCUGAGCCUCUUUGUUUCUCCAGCUGUCCUGGGUGAAGCCCACACUCAACAAGCCAAAAGCUGUACCAGAGCCAUCCUGUCCCCUGAGCUCUGGGGCCGAGCACAACCCAGCAGUGUGCAGACAGAUGUUUGGGGAUGGGGCUGCUGCCCACUGGGGCCAGGGGACAUGAAGUCCCUGUGGGGAUGCUGGCCCUGAAGAGGGGAUGAAGCACUGUUGUGAGGCUGUGUGUGCUGCUGCUGGGCACUCCAUAUCACCAUGAAAGUGCUGCUGAGCGUAGGCCUGUUACUGCGGGCUCUUCCCAAGCCCACACCCCAAACACCACAGGCUGUGUAGGUGUAUCUGCCCAGGAUUCUCCCUGUGCACUUUCCAGGUCUGUGUCUAUCACAGCUGGGAGCCCAGCAGCGCUGCUCUGUUAUCACUGUGGCCAGCCCGACUGUUCCCCCUCUCCCUGCAGUGAGGAGCUCUGUGCUGUGUGCUCCAGGCCCUGCAGCUGGAAUGCUGCCUGUCCCAGGAAAGCUGGGCUCAGCAGGUUGGUGAGUGGCCCUGCUCACAGCAGAGCUGCUGAAACUUCGGGAACGGGCUCACACUUCCCUGCAUCCUGCCCUAGGGAGCCUCUGCACUUUGGGCUGUUCCCGGCUGUCAGGGAGAGGUGGGGGGCCAGAGCAUGGAGCAGGGACAUGCAGCCCACAUUCCAGGGGGGAUGGCUGGGAACAGGACGAGGCUGAGCUUGUGGAAAACAGACCAGAGAAGCCGGGUGCCUGCACAGGGGUUGUCCUCAUCCCUUUGGGUAAGGAACCAGCUCUCACCCUUGGGUUGGGUGUGCACCAGGGGCUGUACUGAGAGCCCCCAGGACACUGCCAUUGGCUGACUGUGCUGCUGGCACAAGAGGCUUCCUUUGGCUCACCCACGGUCUUUCUGAAGUGCUCAUCCUGUGUCCUCAUCCUCUCCUUGAGGCAACGGGGGCUGCAGAGCUCAGGAAGCUGCAUGGUUCCCAGCCCCUGGUGUGAUGCGCUGAUACCAAGACUGUUGUCCUGCUGAUCCCAAGUGCUGAGCUAAUGGCAUCUCUCCUCCAAGCUGGAGGCAAUAACUUGUACUCUGGUUUCUCCUGUGUUUCCUGGUGCUCACAGCCUUUGGCUGAUCUUCUGCAAGGCCCUUUGUGUGUGUGCGUCAGUUUCCCUAGGGAAACUUGCCUGUCCCCAUGGUUGGGGCUGGGUCUGCAGCUAUGAGAUGACUUCUCCUCAUGUCCUCACCUUGCGUUUAGCUGCUGGAGCCCUCUUCCCCACCCAAGUCUGUCCCUGUCUCUUGUUGCAGUCUCAAACCAUGAACUACGUGGGGCAGCUUGCUGAGACGGUCUUUGUCACGGUGAAGGAGCUGUACCGGGGCCUGAACCCUGCCACACUGACAGGCUCCAUCGAUGUGGUGGUGGUGAGGCAGCCCGAUAACUCCUUCCAGUGCUCCCCAUUCCAUGUGCGCUUCGGGAAGCUGGGCGUGCUGCGCUCCAGGGAGAAGGUGGUCGAUAUUGAAAUCAAUGGGGAGCCUGUGGACCUGCACAUGAAGCUGGGUGACAAUGGAGAGGCUUUCUUUGUCCAGGAGUUGGAGGAGAAUGAGGGCAACAUCCCUUCCCGCCUCUGCACGUCCCCCAUCCCCAUGGAGCAGAGCCUGGAGGAGGAUGCUCAGCCCUCUCAUGGGCAGGAGGACACCAGCAUUGAAGUGACCUUGCACAAGAGGAGGCGACGCAGGAGAAAGCCCAAGAGGAAGGAAGGGUCAGACUCACUGUUAGAAGGCUGCGAGGAGACCAGAAGUGGGAUGUCCGUGGAGGAGCCAUGUGAGCUGCCAGCCCCAAGUGAUUCAGUGUGUUUCUCCUUUGCUGAUCUCCCUGAAGAAGGAACUGUGUCACUGCAGUCCCUGGAGGUGCACACUUACUCUGAUGGGGAGCUGUCCUCUGUGGAGAGCCCCAUCCUGAGCCAUCCAUCCUCUCCCAGAAGCGAUUCUGAGCUGGAGAUCAGACCCCAGGAGAACUUUGCUCUGGGGACUGGGUCCCACAUGCAGUGGACCUGGGGAAGGCUCCCUCAGGUGAAUAAAUCCGAACAAGUUGAACCAGCCAAGUCUACCAAGACCAUUGCUACUGCAGAAACCACAGUCUCUGUGGCACUGGCCCCAGAGAACAAGGCAACCCAUCUUGUUGCCACCUCUGAAGGUCUGGGAGCAGAUCCAUGUCCAGCAGGACCUCAGGCCAUACCCUGUUCCACUGCUGUGUCUGUUGUGGAGCCAACACCUGCACCACAGAAUGGGAAUGGCUUCCCUAGGCUGCAGGAUGUGAGCCAUGUGAGGGCAGAAACCUUGCUGGACACCCCCUUGCCCCCACAGGAGGGAGGCAGGAGCAUGGUGCCCGAGGUUCAGCCAGGUGAUGCUCUGGGGCAGGUGAACUUGGAGGGCCCUGAGCCCCAUCUGGGAAGCCAGAGGAGACAAGGAGCCAUCAGAAGUCCCCCCGUGGCUCCCAGUGAGGCUUACCUGGCAGACCCCUCCAGCCCUGCUGAGGAGCAGGCAGCUCCGUGUGUCCCCAGCAGUGACCCAGAGCUGAGUCCAAAGCCCAUGGUAGCCCCCAGCAGCGCUGUUUGUACCCAGCUGCCCCCUCAUGUGCCUGAUGAGAGCCCCACAGCUGCCGAGCUGCUGCCUGCGGCUGCCCUGUCACUCUGCGGAGGGCUGGGGGACAGCAGGCAGCUCUCUCAUGAGACGUUCUUGGAGCACAUGGUCUCCUACCAGCAGUUUGCUGAGAAUCCAGGGCUCAUUGAUGAUCCGAACCUGGUGGUACUGCUCAACAAGAAGUAUUACAACUGGGCAGUGGCUGCUCCCAUGGUUCUGUCCCUGCAGGCUUUCCAGAGGAACAUUCCUGAGAGCACCAUUGACCAGCUGGUGAAGGAAAAGAUGCCCAGGAAAGGCAGCAGGUGGUGGUUCUCCUGGAGGAGGAGAGAAUUCCCAUCGGAAGAGCAGCAGCAGCUGGGGCCAGGGAAAGCCAGUGUGGGGAUGCUGCAGCCUGACUCUGCUCAGCAGAGGCAGAAGGAGGGGUCAUUCAGUGAUGAAGAGCUCCUGUGCUCUGGGGACAUAUUAGCAAUGGAUGCUCCUGAACAGAAAUCCGUGCCAACCUACAAGAAAUCCCUGCGGCUGUCCUCUGAGCAAAUUGGAAGGCUGAAUCUGCAGGAUGGUCCUAAUGAGGUGGCGUUCAGUGUGACAACCCAAUACCAGGGCACAUGCCGCUGUGAGGCCACCAUCUACCUGUGGAACUGGGAUGACAAGGUCGUGAUCUCUGACAUCGACGGCACCAUCACCAAGUCAGAUGCUCUUGGGCACAUUUUGCCGCAUUUGGGGAAGGACUGGACUCACCAUGGGAUUGCUAAGCUCUUCCAUAAAAUCCACCUGAAUGGCUACAAGUUCCUGUACUGCUCAGCCCGAGCCAUCGGCAUGGCGCACAUCACCAAAGGCUACCUCAAAUGGGUCAAUGAGCAGGGCUGUGCGCUCCCCAAGGGCCCCAUCCUGCUUGCCCCCAGCAGCCUCUUCUCUGCCUUCCACAGGGAGGUGAUUGAGAAGAAGCCGGAGGUGUUCAAGAUCGCCUGCUUGAAGGACAUCCAGAGCCUGUUUGCCACCACGCUGCCCUUCUAUGCGGCUUUUGGGAACAGAGCCAGUGAUGUCUAUGCUUACAAGCAGGUUGGCCUGCCGGAGAGCCGCAUAUUCACGGUCAACCCCAAGGGAGAGCUGAUCCAGGAGCUCACAAAGAACCACAAGUCAACGUACGAGCGGCUGUCGGAGCUGGUGGAACUCAUCUUCCCUCCUCUGGGCCAGAGUGGGAGCAUGGCCCUGGUGUGCCCAGAAUACAGCCACUUCUCCUACUGGAGACCCCCACUGCCUGCUGUUGACUUGGAUGCCUUCUCCUGACCUCCUUACCUGUGGAGACUUGACUCAGGGUUCUCCUGUGCGUCCUCUGCCAGGAUGGGAUGCUUCAGCUGCCUCUGCUCCUCCCUGCUUGCUGCUCAGGCACUUUGAACUUCUCACAGGGGUCGUGUUCUGCACUAAAAACACUCAAUAGGGGCCCAAACCUGCAUUUACUAAAAUGAAACUCCUUUAAGCUGGGUCCUUGCUUAAUGUUCUGAACACCUUUAAAACCUGGCUCUUCAUUAGAAGUGGUGGUGGGUCACUCACUGUCUUUUUGAUGAGCAUAACUAUUGCUACCUCCAGUAUGACUGGUGUUCCCACCAGUCCAGCUACCUGCAGAUUGGAUGCUGGUGGAGCUGUCUUGUGGCUUAACAGCUUGUCAAGGUGGCUGGAAGCUGUUUGGGUGUUCUUCACUAAUAGCAAUUACCCUGGGCUGCCUCUUGUGUGCUGUAGCCCUGGGCAUGGAAGUGGGAGCCAGGCUCUGUGACCUUCUACAACUGGGGGUGAGUUUGUACCAGGUGACCUGCCAGGAGCAUCAUCUUGGAGGAGAUGAGGUCAGGACCUGCUCCAGCUUCCUUGGCCUGUGUAGCCAGGGCACUAGAAAAGGACUUUUCUUUCUUUUCUCUCUUUCUUCUGCCUUCAGGUACUGGUGCAAACCUGGUUUCAUGCAGGAAGCAAAGCCUGGGUUUAUGUACAUGGGGUGAAACUCCUGCUGCAGUCUCAUGCUAGGGCAGGACCUUAUUCCUGUGCCCUGGAGUGGAGCAUUCAAGGAAAGCUUGGCUGCCUCAAAGCGGGUUAGGGUUGAGACUCAACUGGCCUGUACUGGGUGAGGGACCUGCUCUGGGAGCUCUCAGCUGUGACUGCCUAAACUGAACCAGGCAGGAGCACUGCUGAGCCCAUUCCCCAGCCUGGCAUCUGCAUUUUCCUUCCUGUAUCACUGGGGUGAGUGUAAAUCUCCUCUGCCUGCCCUGUGGUGCAGCUCUGCUCUUGUGCAAGCCCUGUGCAGCACUGUGAUCUGCAAACCUCAGCAAGAAAUACUUUAUUUUUGUCUUUUCCAGUACAAACAUGUUUUCAGCUUUAAAAAUCUGAGCAAAUGUACAAGGUUUUAAACACAAUAAAACACAGCCUUUUACCAGCAUCACUUAGCAACUGCCUCAGAGCACUGCCUGUGCAAGGACAGCCCCAUGGGCACCAUCUCCUUUCCUCUCUGCAAGCAAAACCACAAUAAAAAUGCCCUAUUUUUACGAA